AUGACAAAAAGCAAAAUACCGGAGGUCCACCAAAGUCCUUCAUUACCAAUCCCAAAUGAGAAAAAUGACGUUAGUGAUAAAGAAGAGAUAUCUACUGGACCAGAAGAGGAAGCCAUCUCGCCUUUGUUGCUAAGCAAUAGUACAAAGAAGGCAAUGGAAUCCAUUGCGCCUAUUCUUGAAGGAUUUAGUCCAAAAACUUCGGCAAGUGAAAAUACUUCUUUAAGAUUACCUCCAGCUGGGACGCCAACGUCUAGUUCUAUGGAGGAUAUCGAUUUAGAUACAACUUUACAAAGGACUUUAAGCACAAGUUCACAAAAGAGUCCUGAUACAGGUGCAACUUUGACUAAGUCUGCGUCUACUUUGGCGGAUGUAUUUGAUUCUACUAGUGAAACUCCUACUCCUUUACAACAGAGUGUGCCUGGGUCUGUUGAACCAAUCGAAUUAAAGAAAGAUUCAUCAUUGAACUCGGUAGCCCAAACAUCUACAUCCUCUUCAAGGAAGGCAUCUGCAAGUAAUUUGAAGCUUAAUUUACCGAAAAUAGGUAAAAUUGGUGUUUGUGCCAUGGAUGCGAAGGUCCUUUCUAAACCAAUGAGACAUAUUCUUAAUAGAUUAAUUGAACACGGUGAAUUUGAUACCGUCAUAUUUGGUGAUAAAGUGAUCUUGGAUGAAACAAUUGAAAAUUGGCCCACUUGUGAUUUCUUAAUCUCAUUCUUUUCCUCUGGGUUUCCAUUGGAUAAAGCUAUUAAUUAUGUAAAAUUGAGGAAACCGUUCAUUAUUAAUGAUCUGAUCAUGCAAAAAGUGCUUUGGGAUAGAAGACUAUGCCUUCAAAUAUUAGAGAAUUCGAAAGUACCAACUCCUCCAAGAUUAGAGAUAAGUAGAGAUGGUGGACCUAGAGCUAAUGAAGAGUUGAGGGCAAAACUAUUAGGAAUGGGUGUCGAAGUUAAACCUGUGGAAGAACCUCAAUGGAAAAUGAUUGAUGAUGAUACUUUGGAAGUCGAUGGGAAAAUUAUGACAAAACCUUUCGUGGAGAAACCAGUAGAUGGAGAAGAUCAUAACAUUUAUAUAUACUACCAUUCUAAGAAUGGAGGUGGUGGACGUCGAUUAUUCCGUAAAGUUGGUAAUAAAUCAUCUGAAUUCGAUCCAACCCUAAGUUCACCUCGUACAGAAGGCUCGUACAUUUACGAGGAAUUCAUGGAUACAGAUAAUUUUGAAGAUGUUAAGGCAUAUACUAUAGGUGAAAAAUUCUGUCAUGCAGAGACAAGAAAAUCUCCUGUGGUGGAUGGGAUUGUAAGAAGGAAUACACAUGGUAAAGAGGUGAGGUAUAUUACAGAGUUAACACCGGCAGAAAAGGAUAUGGCUAGACACGUUUCAAAGGCCUUUCAACAAAUGAUCUGUGGUUUUGACUUAUUGAGAGUUUCUGGUAAAAGUUAUGUGAUUGACGUGAAUGGGUUUUCAUUUGUGAAGGAUAACCAGUUUUAUUAUGAUUCUUGUGCCAAGAUUUUGAGAGAAACGUUCAUUGAAGCAAAGAAAAAGAUGGAUGUGGAAAAGAGAAAUCUUCCAGUUAUAAGGGAAGAGAAGAGUCAAAAAUGGGUAUUUAAAGGUUUAGUCACUAUUAUCCGUCAUGCGGAUAGAACCCCAAAGCAAAAAUUUAAACACUCAUUUACAUCACCCAUCUUUAUUUCAUUAUUGAAAGGUCAUAAGGAAGAAGUUGUAAUAAGAAAUGUGAAUGAUUUGAAAAUUGUACUACAAGCGUUGAAAAUUGCCAUCGAGGAGAAGGCUGAAGAUCUAAUUAAACUAAGAGUAUUAGCCAAUGCGUUGGAAAAGAAAUUAAAUUUCCCUGGCACCAAGAUACAAUUGAAACCCAUAUUAACAUCAGAUAAUGAAGUUGCCAAAGUGCAAUUUAUAUUAAAAUGGGGAGGUGAACCUACACAUUCUGCAUUAUAUCAGGCUACGGAACUUGGAGAACAAAUGAGACAAGAUUUCGAUCUCUUAAACAAGAGCAUCUUGCAGAAUAUUAAAAUUUUUUCAUCUUCAGAAAGAAGAGUUCUAUUAUCAGCUCAAUUUUGGGCCAUGGCAUUGUUUGGUGCUGAUGAAUUAGGGAAUGAUGAAAUCAGUAUUCGUAAAGAUUUGUUGGAUGAUAGUAAUGCAGCAAAAGAUUUAAUGGAUAAAGUUAAGAAGAAGUUGAAACCAUUGUUGAGAGAAGGUAAAGAGGCCCCUGAUCAAUUUGCAUGGCCAACAAAAAUGCCCGAACCAUAUCUAGUUAUUAAACGUGUGGUAGAGUUGAUGGAUUACCAUAAGAAGAUUAUGGAUCAUAAUUUUGCUACCAAAGAUGUGACCAAGAUGCAGAAACGUUGGUGUUGUUCUGAAGAUCCAAGUUUAUUUAAGGAAAGAUGGGACAAAUUAUUUAAAGAAUUUGUGACAGUGGAAAAAGUCGAUCCAUCCAAGAUAUCUGAACUAUAUGAUACAAUGAAAUACGAUGCGCUUCAUAAUAGACAAUUUUUGGAAAAUAUAUUCGAUCCUGGUGAAUCGAAUGAGCUAAUUGGAUUGGAGUUAAGUGAAAGGUCCCUGGUGGAUAAAUACCCUAUUAAUAUCUUAGCCAAGAAUAAUUUCAAAAUUGUUAGCAACCAUAGUUCAAGUGGUACUUCUACAUCUAGUAAGAACGUUAAUAGUGUAGGUUCAUUGGGUUGGGUCCUAGAAAGUGCUAAAACUACGAGGGCAAAUUCCAAAACCUCUUCUCCCUUUGAUGAACCUAAAUUCAUGCAGCUGAGAGAACUUUAUAAACUGGCAAAAGUGUUAUUUGAUUUCAUUUGUCCCAUGGAAUACGGGAUUAAGGACUCUGAGAAACUAGAUAUUGGGUUAUUAACGUCAUUGCCACUUGCAAAGCAAAUAUUGAACGAUAUUGAUGAUAUGAAGAAUAGAGAAACACCUGUUUGUGUUGCUUAUUUUACCAAAGAAUCACAUAUCUAUACACUGUUGAACAUCAUUUAUGAAUCAGGGAUUCCCAUGAGAAUUGCCAGAAACGCUCUUCCAGAAUUUGAUUAUUUAUCACAAAUUAAUUUUGAAUUAUAUGAAAGCACAGAUAAAACGGGCCAAAAAUCGCAUGCGAUAAGGUUGAAAAUGUCGCCAGGUUGUCACACUCAGGAUCCCUUAGACGUUCAAUUAGACGAUAGACAUUACAUCAGUUGUAUUCCUAAGAUUUCUUUGACCAAACAUUUAGACAUGGAUUACGUGCAACAAAAGCUACGUAACAAGUUCAGUAGAGUCAACAUGCCAUCCAAAUUCACACCAGUGAACAUCACAAGCCCGAAUCUAACCUUCCGCAGAGAAGACUUGAAGAAAAGAAGAAACAAGAAGACAGAUUUGAAGGAUGGAGACGACUCCUCCUCUUCAGCAACUCCAUCACCAGUAUUGAUCACCCCGGUGUCGUUAUCCCACUCCUCAUCACUAAUAUCGAUGGAUAACCAAUUAGACGACCAAUUGAACGAUUAA